AUGGAACAGGAUCAACAGCAGAACGCCUCCCUACAAGCUUCACCUAGCGGCUUGAGUCACUGUGCUGAGCCUCUCUGUUGGAGCGCGUCAAGUACAAGCGACGCAAGCGCCAGCUCCUCCGGCCCUACGCCCGACGGUAUCACGGCUGACCAAAUCAACCACGUCCGCAACCAUUUAGAGUCCGGGUACCAUGCCGAUGACACAACUGUGAAACGUUUCAUACGCGCCACCGGUGGCAAUCUUGCGCUGUCUGCUAAGCGCCUCAAUGCCACUCUGGCCUGGAGAGCCAAGGUCCGACCGGAGGAGGUCGUGUGCCGAGCAUGCGCCCGGGAGCCCAAGUCUCACUACAUGCACCUGGCGGGGUUUUGCCGGCAGGGCCGUCCCAUCAUCUACAGCUGCCUGGAGCUGGCCACCAACAAGGUCUUUGAGGACAACCGGGAUCACAUGAUUCAGACGUUUGAGAUGGCCGUCAAGUGCAUGCCCCCGGGGGUGGAGCAGUGGAUUUGGGUUUGUGACUUCAAGGGCUUCGGUGUGGCGGAUGCGAAUCCAAAGCUCGCCAAGCUCUUUCUGGAAAUGAGCGGAGAGCACUAUCCCGAGCGGCUGGGGCUGUUCCUCGUGGUUGACGCCCCGUCGUUGUUCGGGAUGCUGUGGAAGGCCAUUUCGCACUUCGUGGACCCCAAGACCUACAAGAAGAUUAGGUUCUUGCCCUUCGACGCGGCCAGGAACGACGUUCUUUCCAAGAGCCGGUUGAAGGCGGAGAUGGACCUCCACUUUGACCCGGUGACCACCGCCUGGUUCCUCCGGGAGAUGAAUGAGAACCGGGACAAGGCCAAGUCCGCUAAGAAGUUCUACAACAUUUACAGCAUCUACGAGCAGGCUCUCGAAGGGCAGCUGUGCGACGGCCACGAACAUAAGUACUGCUGCCACGGCCACCUUGCCACCAUCACCACCUCGACCAGGAAGCAGCCAUCCCAGCCAUCCCAGGUGCCCCCGUUGGCUUCCGCAGCCUCUUCGGUUGAUCCGGGAGUGGCGGAUGAGGGGGGCCAAGGGGCCGUUGACGGCCAGUCGGUGUCGGUGCACGCUUCUUCCGGAACCUCUGCGGCUGCGACCGCAGCGGCUGGGCGGCUGGGAAGUGGGGCGACGGCUGGGGGGGGUGGCACGUCGGAAGCGGCUGCUCUUCACAUUGUGGGGGGAACACCGGCAUUGCUUCACACCUUCAACAUGAACCCCGAGCUGCUGCUGCCGCAGGCCACCGCCACGGUGUAG